AUGCCUGGCUUCCACGUGUACCCGCAGGCCUCCCGCCUCUCUGGAGAGUGCUCGCCCAACGUGAGCGUGGUCGCGCCUUCCACGCCCGCGCCCGUGCCCAUCGACCUCAACGCCACCCCGGUGGCCAGUGGCUCGUCAUCCGGCGGCGCGAGGAAACGCGCGCGGCAGACGCCGGCGGGCCUGCUCCCGGACGCCCGCAACCUGUUCAAGGGAAUGCCGUCCACCGUCGACGAGGACUACAUGCAGAACCUCAUCUUUGAGGGCGGUGGGCCGGCCGCUGGCUACGAUCCCGACGAGACACAAAGCCAGGACGGCCGCGGGCCGUUCACGCCGGCCGCUGGCUAUGAUCCCAACCAGGCGGCCUUCAUGCGUGAUCAGGUCGGCAUCGACCUGGAUGGCUUCCCACUCGACCACGAGUUUCCGGACGACUACGGGCUAGAGGAAGAGGACGAGUGCGACAUCGAAGUGGAGCCUUUGUUCGAGGACGAGCUCGCCAACCAAGCCGCCGGUCCUAAGCCGAAGCGCAAGAGCAAGCGCACGAAGGCAUACACGGCUGCCGAGGACAAGCUUCUUUGCGAGUGUUGGCGAGACAUUGGACAAGUCCCCAAGACGGGCGCCGAACAAAAGCAUUCAACCUUUUGAAUUCGUGUCCACCGAGAGUUUCAUGGGCGCAAGAAGUUUCCGCCUUACCAAUUUGUGAGCACACGUGGGUGGGUGUCCAUUUCCAAGCGAUGGAGGGUGAUCCAACAAGAGUGCAACAAGUUUUGCGCCACUCUUGAGAGCGUCAAGGCCCGCCCCGU